AGUUGGUUCAGCCCACGGCGUCUGGUUGCGUAGCAACGGGGAACGGCGGGCGCUCAGGGGCGGCGCAGUAAGGCGGUGACGGCCGGCGCGCGGCCCAACGGCCGGUCGCGCGUGGGGUAACGGCCGGCGCGCGGCGCAACGGCCGGUCGCGCGCGGCGUAACGGCCGGCGCCGCCUGGGCUCAGUGCGGGCUGUCCGCGGGCAGGCUGGGCUCGGGACGCUUGGGAAGCCCCCAGGGAAACAGGGGAAAGGCCGCGCCACGGGCUGUGCCGCCCUCCACCCCUUAGCACUGGCCAGUGCCGUUGCCCGUCUCGGCUAUGGCGGGGCUCGCUGGCGCCGGCUGCACCGCCUCGGCGAUGGGGAACGGGCCCCGGGGCCAGAGCGUCACCUUUGUGGUCGGCAUGCGGGGAGCCGCGACUCCCGCGGCUGCGUACCUGAAGGAGCACCUCAUACGGGUUCUCUUCCUGCUGGCCGCCAGGCUCACCGAGGCUGUGUUCAAUGUCAUAGCGUUUUCCAGCAAGGUGUUAAAAUGGUGCAACUGCUUGGUCAGAUGUUCACUCUGUAGUGUCACCGAAGCAGCAGCCUGGAUUAGAUCCCUGCACUUUGAGAAUGGCAUGGAUGCUGCAAGUGGCUUGGCUGUGGCAUUUGAAGACCCAGACUGUGAGGAAGUGUAUCUGCUCACCAACAUGCUCCCAGAGCAGGAAUCAGAGGAAAUCUGUCAACUUCUUGCAGAGAACAAGUUGCAUCCAGUACAUGUUGUAUGCCUUUUGGGAGAUUCAGAUGAUUAUGAAAGAGGCAAGCAAAAAACAAUGGAAAAAGUAGCCAGACAGUCUGGGGGAUCCUUUCAAGUGAUCAGACUCCCUCAUACUGCUUCUGAAAAGAUAAGCUCCAUGUCCAUCUCACAUGUCCAGUGUUGUCACACCACUAGUAAAGAUCCCUGUGGCUCUUUGCUGUCAGGAUGUCCAGCAACAGACUUUCCUGUUUGCAUGUGGAGCCCAUAUAUGCUUGGUAUGCCCUUGAUAUCCUCAGUACAAGGAAGUUUAAUCCAUUCAUCCCCAAAGGCUUCUGAUUUCAUGAGGGGAGCCCGUGUGCUGGCCAGGAGAGAAACCGAUGGCUAUUACUAUUCGGGCCACAUUGUAAAAGAGGUGAAGGGCUCCAGGGAAUGCUUUCUAAUUGAGUUUGACAAAAGUCGCACGUUGAAAGGCAAGGUACAGCUUCGCCUGCAGGAAACGCCUCUGUACAACAUUCUUCACUAUGAAGAUGCCAGACAACAGCCGCUUGCUCCAGGAGACAGGGUCUUAGCACCAUGGGAGGCUAAAGCUAAACGCUUUGGCCCAGGCACUGUGUUAAUGGUUAUGGAGGACAAGGAGGCACAUUUAGCACACAACAGAAGAGGAGUGCUUGUGAAUUUCUGGAAUGGGCAGACUAAGGAGGUAACUUCUGACCAAGCUCUGCGGAUCCCUCUGCCCUUAAGUGAACGCAUCAUCCUAGAACUGCAGAUGCCUUUAGCAGCCAGGCAGAUGGUGAUAGCUUCAAGUUCAGAUUAUCCAUACAUUGUGGCACCAGGUUAUAGAGCCUCAGGCCAUUGCGGACAGAAUCACUUAUACCUGGACUACUGGCCAAGGGGUCUGUGUUUGAUUCAGCCAUGUGCUAAGUGCAGCUAUAGGUGCAUGUCACUUCCCCAUUGCUCCCUUGCAGCCUGGGCACCCACACAGCCUACAGGGAGCAAAGUACAACAGGAAGAUGCCCUCAUCCCAGGAACAAACUUGACUAAAGAAGAGCUGAACAGGAAAAUAGAAAAGCAGCUGUCUGAAGAGAAGAUCUGCAUUUCAGAAAGUGUUUCCAGAGAAGAAGACAAAGAGGAAGAGAAGAGACUGAAGACUGAAAAUGUUCCAAAAGAUGUUCAGUCUUGUAUGGAAGAGGACAAUGAGGUUAUAGAACCUAAGAAGCAUCCUCAGAGGGAGAUGGCUCAUGCUAUGGUCAAUACUGCUGUCAACACAGAGAGCUGGUUAAUGGAGUCAGUACACAAGGAAGAAGCAGACAGCAGACAGCAGGAAGACAAUACUGAGGCUCAUCUUAAAGAUGAACAUGGUCUCUUUGAGUCCAAAGUGGCAGAAACUCCAAUCCAGCAUUCACAGAGGAGCCCUUCCAUGAGAACUAGCGCUUUGGGUCCUUUCAGGCGCCAAAGUUUCUUUGACCAAGUAGAUCGAUCGCUAAAGACAGACAGCCUGACCAUCAAAUCAGCUCUACGUGUGCAGAGACCACACAGUACCUCCAAUAUGCAGGCUAAGAGAUCCACAAAUCUUCUAAAUCUUGUAAAAGAAAAGGGCAUUACAAAAUCAAUCCUUAACAGUGCAUCUGAAGAAAAACAGAAAGAGGUGGACUUUAAUGAAGUCAAGAUUGAGCACAAAAGGCAGCAAGAGGAACAGAGGCAGCUGAAGAGGGAGCAGCAGCAAAAGGCAGAUGGUGUCCGACGCCAGCUGCUCAGGGACAACCAGAGGCAGCGAUUGCUUCAGAGAACAUUGCAAGGGCUGGAGAAACAGCAGGAGCACAAAGACAGAACUUUCCAGCACAUAGCACUGCUCCAAGCUGCCAUAGCAGAGAGGAGCAGGAAGGAAUCCUCCCUGCUAGAGGAGGACAGGAGAAAGGCAAGUCAGAGGCUGCAGUUCUUAAAGACACAGCAUUUGGAGAGAGAGGCGUUUUUGGCAGAACACAAUGAAAGGAGCUUUGAACAAGAGAAAGACAGGCUGGAUUUGCUCAGGAGCAGAAUACAGUCACAGCAGGAAAUAUGGGAACAAGAAUCACAGGAGCAGGACAGGCAGCAAAAGCAGCACCAUGCUGCCAAAAGGAGAGUGUUCCAGAGCAGAGACCAUUCCCACCAGAAGAGGGAAGAGGAGGGCCAAAAACACUGUGACCUCCAGCAGUACCUCAGAGACCAGAACCUUUUGAUGCUCCGGACAUCACUACUAGAGUGAAGAAGCUGCAGUGUGGGUAAGCAGGUCCUCGAGCAUUUCACAAACCUGCUCUGCAUCUUAUAGGUGUGAGUCAGUGCACUGGAGCUCAGGAAACAGUGCAGUUGUAACAAGCAAAACUACAGUUCCUGCAGAGAUCUUAUAGCUUCCUUUUCUUGCAGCCAGAGUGCAUUUUCACUGCUCUGUCCUUUGCAAGCUUUCCACUCUGCAGGAACUAGUCUAAUCCACCCAUUCAAUGUGUAGACCCCCCCCCAACUCUGUCUAUUAUGUCUUAUAUGUAUUGAGUGACCAAACUGACAGACCCAACUCUGCAACCAAGAGCUAAGUUGGUAUUUAAUUAUAGUGUUCAGUUCCUGCCCCAAAGGCAGUCCCCAUCUGGAGGGGCCUAGCUUUCUCCAUAGGACUCCAAAGAGUCAGCACCUGUAGUGUUGGGUUCAGGUUUGAGCCUGGUGAAAGAAAACAUCAUGGGAGCACUCCAGAGGGGAGCAACAGAGGAGCUAAGAGUUACAGAAGCCAUUCAGAGAAACAGCACAAGGCCUGGAGCCUGGCAGAUGGACAUCAGGCUAUAACUGAUUUCAAGCUGCAAAUGACAGAGACACGAAUUUGUUAAGUAAGGGCCUCCCACUGUCAAGGCCCACUCCCUGAAGUGUGCAGGCCACUCCCCUAGAGGAAGAAUGACUUAUGUGUAACUCCAAAAUGCAAAAAUAUGUUUUUUGGUGAAAAGCCACCAGUUCUAGGCAUUGUGAGGAAGAAAAUAUCUGUACUUCUCUGAAAUGUGCCUGGAGAAUCACUGAAUCCAGGGGCAGGCUUUGGGGGUCUGAUAUGUUUUACCUGUUGCCCCACCUUCAGGCUUGUCUACAAAAGCAGAAAGUUUUAAGCUGGGGAGAGUGUCAGGAAGGCAGUGAGACAGCUUUGCAAGUAGAGUGUCUGUUCAGAGUAAAUCAGCUUGACAUGCACCAUGAAUAAGUGAGGAGAAUGCUACUAAGACAAAUAUUUAGAUAAAUUGAAAGGUAAGUAGACAAAUUGUACCACAAACCGUGGUAGCCAGUAGCAGUAGCCAAGAUAGGAGAAGGAUUCCCCAUUCAGGCUACAGCUACAAGCUGGCAUCCAGGAUGCAACUAGCUCCCCCAAUUGUGUAGAAGCAUCACUCACUUUCCUUAGUGAAGCAUGCAGUUAUCAGCCACUCCCAUGGACAAGCUAUCACCUUCUCUCCCACAGAAGGGAAACAAUAAAACACACCAAGAGCCAGCUUUAUACAAGAGUAAAGGAGAGAAGAGCUUUUGAAUGCAUUGCACUCUGAUUAACAGAGGCAACUUCAUUCACAAAGGAAUAGGAAGGUUAUGGAUGUCACAUCCUCAAGUGCUAUCCUUCUUUCCCAUGUCAUUAGCAGUAUAAAGUACAGCAGCUGUGUCCCAGAGAAUGCUAUCAUCAGCUUUGGGUAGCCAAAAUUUAACUGUUUCAUUUUGAUGUUAUUCUCACAAGUAGUUAGGAAAUGAAAAUGGACAUGGCACAAUGUAUUUAAUGGACCACUCAGAGCCAUAUAAAAAGGCGUUCUUAGUUCCUACAGAAGUAUGCUAAAUACAAAGUUUAUAUAAUGCUUGAGACACUGUUUUAAAUAAUGCCCAGAACCAAACAAUACAAGAAUUAAAACGCUAUUGCCUGACAUUUUGUGUACACUUAGAAACAUAUAACACUAUAUCCACACAAGUAGCUUCUCUUC